CGCUAAUCGAAAAUGGCCGAGCAGUCCCUAAGCGCUGUGAGUCUCUCUGCUUAAAUCAAAACCCCGCCAUUUAUAUAGCAUAUUCCUCUUUGAAGCAUAACGUUCCCAGUACCCACUGCUUUCUCCAUCUUCAUUGAAGAACCUUAAACCCUAGCCACCCUUUCUACUAAAAACUUCUCUCCCUCUCCAUUCUCAAUCGAUACUCAAAAAAUCCUCCCAAAAUCUUCGCUUUUCCCCGCAUCGAAUUGAUUCAUUUCCUCAAUUAUUUUCCUGCAAAGCAAAUAAUUCUCCCCCAAUUGAAAAAAGAGGGAUAAUUUUCCUAUAUAAACUCAAUACCCACAAAGCGUCAAAGACAGAGGACAAAUUUCUUCAAGUUUAAUCAUAAUAUAGGGAAAAUGGGGUCAAUCAAGCUCUUUCUCAACCGUCUGAUCUCUCUUUCUCCCCCGGCGGUGGAUAUUCGUCGUUCGGUUAAGACGCAAGCAUGUCUUAACAUGGACGUGCAGCCAACGGAUUCUGUGAAGCUGAAUUUGAAGAGUAAGGAGGUGAUGGAGAUAGAGGCGAAGGUCCUGGUGGGGACUUAUGCAAGGAAUCCUUUGGUGCUCGCCCAUGGCAAAGGUUGUAAAUUGUAUGAUCCUGAAGGAAGAGAAUAUUUGGACUGCACGUCCGGUAUUGCAGUUAACGCCCUCGGCCAUGGGGAUCCCGAUUGGGUUCGGGCGGUCACAGAGCAAGCCAAUUUGCUUACGCAUGUUAGUAACGUCUACUAUUCAAUCCCUCAGGUAGAACUUGCAAAACGUCUGGUGGCUUGUUCUUUUGCUGAUCGUGUCUUUUUCACAAACUCUGGAACAGAAGCAAAUGAAGCUGCUAUCAAAUUUGCUAGGAAGUUUCAGAGGGUUUUGCACCCUGAUGAGAAACACCCAGCAACAGAGUUCAUUGCUUUUACAAAUAGCUUCCAUGGAAGGACUAUGGGGGCUGUUGCUUUGACAAGCAAAGAGCAUUACCGCUUCCCUUUUGAGCCAGUCAUGCCUGGAGUUACUUUUCUGGAAUAUGGCAACAUACAAGCUGCUAGGGAAUUGAUUAAAUGUGGGAAAAUUGCUGCCGUAUUCGUAGAACCUAUCCAGGGUGAAGGUGGCAUUUAUAGUGCAACAAAGGAAUUUUUGCAAUCCUUACGUAGUGCUUGUGACGAAGCUGGGUGUCUCCUGGUUUUUGAUGAGGUUCAAUGUGGCUUGGGCCGAACUGGUUAUCUUUGGGCAUAUGAAGCCUAUGGUGUUGUCCCAGAUAUAAUGACCAUUGCCAAGCCUCUUGCAGGAGGCCUUCCCAUAGGAGCUGCAUUAAUGAGUGAAAGAGUUGCUGCUGCCAUGAAGUUUGGAGAACAUGGAAGCACUUUUGCUGGUGGACCUCUUGUCUGUACUGCUGCCAUCACUGUUUUGGAUAAAAUAUCAAGACCUGGUUUCUUGACCAGCGUCUCUAAGAAAGGUCAGUACUUCAAAGAAAUGCUAAUUCAGAAGGUGGGAGGAAAUUUACAUGUGAGAGAAGUCCGAGGUUUGGGGCUUAUAAUAGGGAUAGAGCUGGAUGUAUCUGCUUCAUCUCUUGUAGAUGCCUGUCGAAACUCUGGUCUAUUAAUAUUAACAGCAGGAAAAGGAAAUGUGGUUAGGCUGGUACCUCCACUGAUCAUCUCAGAACAAGAAUUGGAGCGUGCAGCUGAUAUUUUGUUUGAAUGUUUACCAAUACUUGAUAAGACAUUGAAGUGAGUAGAAGUCAUAGAAGUUUCGGGUGACGCCUGUUAAAAUUCUCUUAUUAUUGGACCCGUGUCUUGAACAUUUGUUGUUAUGCAAUCAACCCUGAUUUGAUAUAAGAAAUCCUUGAACUUUCCUGUGGCCGUCGUUAACCUUUAUUUGUA